ACCUAUUGCAAGAAAUAUACAAUUGUGACAUAACUAAAAAACCUUUACGUUCAGAUGCAAAUGUUGACCAUACAAAAAAAGAAGCAAAUGAAAAAUUUGAAUAUAAGCAAAAUUUCAGUACUGAGUUUGGUAUUAGUUUUUGUUCUACAUACAAUUCAAAAUAUAAGUGCUUUAAAACUAAAAAGACAGAAAAAACUUUUCAAGCAAGUACUCAAAACAAAAAAAUUAUUACACAAAUUAAUGUUCAAAUUAUUAUAAAAAAGAAUAAUGAAAGUUCACCAGGAAAAUGGAUAAAACUUAAUGUACAGAAUUCUACAUUAUUCUAUGAAGAUUUAUUAGAAUAUAUGAAUAAAAAUAUUGAAAAUCCAAUUAGCAAAGAUAAUUAUACUAUUACAUAUAAGGCAAAUGGUCAUGAACAAAUAAUGGCUUUAGAUGAUGAAGAUGAUUUUGUGGCAUUUUUUAAAAAAUACAAGAGUUUAUCUGAAUUACAACAUAUGGUAAUUUAUGUAAAUAUUAAUAUAAAAUCUAAUAAUUUUGAACAUAAUCAUAAGAAAAAUGCACCAAUUAAUAAUAAUGAGAUAAGUAGCUCAGAUGAGGAGAUUCAAAAAAAAUCAAAAAAAAUUAAAAAAUCUCAAAUACCUAAGGAAUCUCAAUUGAAUGAAACAGAACUUGAACAGGCACAAAUAAUUACAGAAAUUCGAGCCAAAUAUCAAUGUGAUAUACAUAUUACUCCUUGUUAUAUUGAAGAUAAUAGACAUCUUCAAUUAACACCAGCAAGACUAACAUUGUGA